GCAUAAAGGAAUGACGAGAGGGUAAGGAAAAUAAUGAGUGACUAAGUAUAGGUGAGGAAAGCUUAGUGACGUUGUAUGUCCGUCUACCUACCUGAGUUAGGAAAGCUAUGAGGGACGGUCGUAUCAGCGUCAGGGAACUUGAAGGGAAAGGUCUGUCAAGAUGCUGGAGAGCGGUGGUAUAUCGGAUGACACUGGGAAGGUCCUGACGCUCGAGGACCUUAUUGCGGCCAUUGACCGGCAUGAGAAGACUCCAAGCAAUGUCCCUAAGGAGGAACCCGGCGUUGAUGCAGGCGCAAUCUGUGAGUCGGUCCUUUUUAGGGGGCGACUCAAGCAAGGUUCCCAAAGGCGGUACAAGACGGUAGACCAGAAGUGCCGCCCAGUCCCCGUCCUCGUUACUGAAGACGAGGAGGUGUACUAUGAGCGAGAGCGGGGGUUGAUACGGCGGAUGAAGGGGAGAGCCUCAACAGGGCCAUGCCGUAUCAACGAAGGGAACAAGGAGAAGUUGAUCAUAGGAGAGUCCGACUUCCUAUUGUCUCAGGAACGAGCCUUGAUUGUGGAGUUAAUGAAGAAGAGGCAUCGCGCCUAUGCGUUUAGCGACGAGGAGCGCGACAGAUUGGAUGUGGAUAAGAUACCUAUGAUCCGCAUCCACACCUUGCCACACGAACCGUGGAACCUAAGAGGGGCGCGGUAUCCUAAUCCUGACGAGAAAAAGAAGGUGGUGGACUACCUCGAUGGCAAGAUAAGUACGCAUGUCGCCGACUACUCAAGUGGGCUAUACGCGUCCCCGUGGUUUUGUUUUAUCAAGCCUAACGGGACGCUGUGCCCUCAUAUCACGCAACCAUAUAUCGACGAUUUGGCGGUGAAGGGGCCGGCGGUGAAAGAGAGUGACGAAGUCUUGCCAAGGGUGAGACGUUUUGUCUGGAAGCAUAUCCAAGACCUCGAGAAAGUCCUGAGCCUGCUCGAGGAGCAUAACCUCACGGCAAGCGGGGCCAAGUCCAGACAUUGCAUGAGGGAGGCUACUAUCUUGGGUUUCGUCUACAGUGAGAAGGACCGACGACCGGAUGUGAAGAAGACGGACAAGAUUACUGAGUGGCCAGUUCCAUUCCACUCAGUAACUGAUGUCCGGAGCUUCCUUGGGACGUGCGGAUUUUGGAGGGCCUUCGUCAAGAACUUUGUCGCAAAGACUGAGCACCUGAGAAAGUUAGUUCGUCAGGAUCAGGAGUGGGUUUGGGGCGAAGAGCAGGAAGAGGUGGUGUCCAGAAUGAAGGAAGAGUUCCGAGAAGGGGGUUUGGUGUUGGGGGCGCCAGACUAUGACGUCACGGAAACGAGACCCUUCAUUGUUGAAACGGAUGCGGGACCAACUGCCUUAGGAUGGGUUUUAAUCCAGGCAGACAUGGAGGGAAAGGAAAGGCCUUUGAGAUUUGAGAGUCGGACUCCCUGUACGAUCGAGAGGAGUUAUUCUCAGUUCAAGAGGGAAACCCUUGCUGUCCUCCACUGUCUGCGAAUCUUCCGAAAUUACAUCUUCGGCAGGAGAUUUAUACUGAGAGUGGACUCAACUGCCCUGACCUACUCUCUAAGGAAUUACGUUCCAUCGGAUCCAACAGUUGCCAGAUGGCUGACGUACAUAUGGAUGUUUAACUUCGAGUUGGAACGGAUCCCUGGAAACAAGAACCGGGCGGACGAGCUGAGUCGUAUCAACUGGGAUAGCCAAGAAGGAGAGGCGAUAGAGAAUACACCCCCAGUUGAUGGAUUUUUGGAUCAAGAGGAAGAUGUCCGAGGGCAUCGAGGGGUACAGGUCACAUACGCCAAAAUAAGUGAGUUGUACUACUGGGAUGAAAUGAUGGACAUGAUUGGGAAGUUCUGCCGAUCUUGCGUGCCCUGCCAGGAGAGAUCCCGUUUGAGGCAAGGAGAGCCGCUACAUCCAAGGUUAGAGCGAGAGGUGGGGGCUGUAGUGCAUCUCGAUCUACUUUUCAUGCCGCUUGGGGAUCAGGGCUAUAACUACAUCUUCGAUGCGCAUGAUAAUCUGUCUGGCUUCGUAGACGGACGUGUCAUUCGUACGAAGACUGGGCCAAUCUUGGUUAGCUGCAUCGAGAAGUACUACCUGCGUUAUCCUUUCCUCAGGGAGUUCGUAAUGGAUAGGGGAUCGGAGUUUACCUGCCAGGAGGUGCAAGAGCUGCUAUCAAGGUCUGACUUUACGAAGACAGUCAUGCCAAGAGGAGGGAAGGGGACACGACCGCCACGAAGGCCAUUGGGGGCAUCAGGAAGAUAUGAGCGGCAUGGGCCUCGCCAUCGAGAGAGUACUCCGGUAUACGAUGAUGGGGACAUCGAGCUAUUCCUGUACAGUUUCUGGGCGCAUGCAAGGCGUAUGGGCUGGACCGUGACCCAGGUGAUUGAGAGAUUGAGGGGAGCCGACAGGUUCGAGGAGCCCAUUGCCCGAAUCUGUAGGGAGGCGACGACGAGGCCGGAGAUGGAGAUGAGGAUGCAGGAGCUACGGCCCUCGCCUGUGGGACCUGAUGGCAGGCCGAUUCGCCUAGAGAUCGGAAAUGCGGCGGACUUUAUCCCUGCCUUCGAGUGGUUCAUGCAGGGGCAGGGUACACCGAGAGAUGACUGGGCGAGGACGCGACCCCUCUGGACCAGAAAGGCGGAGAGGCCACUGGCAAGGCAGAUCAAAGAUAUGGCCCGGGAUUGGGAGAGUUGCAGAGCACACUUGAGGGAGGCCUUUCGACGGCCAGAGUCGCCUCGACCCCGAGUUGAGAGGCGCCAGAGGAGCAGGAGGCAGAGGGACCCUGAGCCCAGUGAGGCAAGUCCAUCUCGAGGGGGACGGAAAGCCCUAACCAGGAGAGAAGAGGAGUCGAAGCCUGAGGUUGAGGAGCGAGGGGCGUAUCCUGAGUGUGGACUGGGACCGGUGGAGUUCCAUAAUUUUACCGAGGGUGGAUUGAGGAGGUCGCCAGUGUGCACACAGGAGGAGGCGCCAACAUCUGAGGGGCCGCUGAGAGAGUUGAAGGCGCAUCUGGACGUCUUUCGAUGGGAAACGUCGCCUCGAGGCGAGGAGCGUGGAGGACAGGCAAAGGAGGUGCCACAAGAGGAGGUACCACGAGAGGAGGCCCGGGACACUCAAGGAGAGAGGAGGCUGGGUGAUGAGGGGAGACGUGCAGGGAAGGAAGUGAUAGAGGUUGGAGAGGACACACCCCCUCGGACGCCAGCAGUGGGUUUGAGGCCUGGGGAUACACCAGGGAGCACUCGCCAGGCAGAAGAGGGAUUGCAUAGAGAGGAGGCCCCAAUGCCUUUAUCAGAAAAGGCUCCUUCGUCAGAGAGAAGAGCAGAAAGGAGGAGAGAGACUGCAGUUGUAAGGAGAGAAGCCUUGGCCUUGAUUGACAGGCACCUAGCAACUCAUGCCCUGGAGCACUCAGACCUGGAGGAGCCAGCACCUGCAGAGCCGCGUCAGGAGCUGUGCCAGCCUGAGAAGGAGGUGGAGGCAGAGAUCCCGAAGAGGGUCGACUAUCGCACGAGGGAGAGGGCACCAGUUGGCGAAACAACUGAAGAAAAGAGGGCGAGAAGAAGCAGGAGAAUAGAAGAGAUAUGGCAGGAAAGGCAGAGGUUGGAGGCAGCGGGGACACUUCUGGAGCAGCAGCAGGAAAGGCAGAGGUUGAAGGCAGUCGGGGCACUUCCGGAGCAGCCGCAGGAAAGACAGAGCAAAGGGGAGAGGGGCUUUCUUCUCCAACAAGGGCUGGCAAGGAAAGCAGAAGAGAGGUUGGAUCGCAAGAUCAGGUUCCUUGCAAAGACCAGUUUUGAUCGGUAUCUGAUGGUGGAAAGCCAUCUGGCAGGGAAGAAGAUGAAGGAAGAAGGCCAUGGGCUACGCUUGGAGACGAUGGAGGUAGAGAUCCAGGAGCUCAGGACUCUGGUGGCUAGUCAGGCUGCCAUUAUUGAGGGCUUGAGGCAGCAGCUUCAAGGGGGAGAGGACAAGGCCGAGAGCAGCCGGCAGGGAGAGCAAAGACAGCCCGGACAGGGGUUGUCGGGGCAGCCAUCUGCAGCAGAGCCUCGCCAGGAGUCACCCAUAGGGAGAGUUAUCUUGGAACCUGAGGAGGCGAAGGCCAAGAGGGAGGCACAAAGAGAGGCCUUCGAGUUCAGAGCCCCUACUGAACUCGUGACGCUACCUAUAGUAGCGGCGGACCCAGUCAUGCCAUUGGCAGUUGAGCAGGGGCUACCACCAUCUAGCAGUGAGCCAGCUCAAGGCUCAGCAGAGGGAUCCAUGGACGUGCUCCUUGAGGCAGUGCAUACUAUGCAGGAGGAGACAAGUUUGUUUUCGCCUGAACAGAGGAUAGAGGAGCCUCUUGAGAGAGAAAUGGGGAUUGAGACAGAGGGUGUCAUUGAGGGCGGACCCCAGAGAUUGGACACGCCUUAGUAUGGGCCAGAGGGGAUUGGGGUUCGACCAGGACCGAGUACCCAGGGGUUGGAGACAAAAGUGGAGCCUUUGGAUAUGCCUGAGAGU